CGGGCCCAGCUGGGGAGCGGCUCCGCCCUUCGUGUGGCUCUCGCCGGCCCACGGCGGCCGUGUUCCCCCGCGGGGAGCGGAAGAGGCGCGGCUAGCGCGGCGGCGGCCUCCGUGCGGCGGGAUGGCGGCGGUGCCGCGUUCCGUGGGGUGUCGGCGGCCCGGGGCCGUCCUGCUGCGGCUGCUGGGAGUGCUGCUGCUGGUGGGCGCAGCGGGUGCCGGGCAGCGUUCCAAAUGGCGGCUCCCAGUGCUUACGGGGAAGAAGUUUAAUUUUGGGAAGAUUCUCUUCAGCAACACAACAAUUUUCCUGAGAUUUGAAGGAGAUGAGAAAGCUUGUGAUCCCUCCCAGAGUUUCAAUGUUACUUGGUACUUAAGAUACUCAGACUGCUACAAUGAAGUCUUCAACUUUGGGGAUGAACAGGCAGAGUACUAUUUUGGGGCUACUUCUGAAGAGCAUCCGGGUUGGUCAGGAUAUUACGCCACGGGUUUUCUUCCUUUUCCAAAUUGCUCUGAGCUCUUCAGGCCUCAGACAUUCUAUAAAGAAUUUGUGCAUCCAGAGCCUCUCUCGCCUGAGAAGCAAGAGGGCUUAAAAGAUAAGAAGGAGAACGGAGGCAAUCACACAACGGUGGCAGAUAAAACUGCAAUGAAUGCUGUCAUGAAAACUUGGCGAGAUGGGCCAUAUAUAUUUAUUGUGCAAAUUUCAACUGUGAAGGAUUCUACUACCAGAGUUAAAAGAACGGAGAGAACGCCACCUUCCUCCUAUCAAAAUAAACCCUUCACAAUGACAGUUGAACUGAAGGGGCCCUAUGAGUAUCUCUCACUUGCAGACUAUCCUCUGAUGAUAUUUUUCAUGGUGAUGUGUAUUGUGUACGUAUUCUUUGGAGUUCUGUGGCUUGCGUGGUCAGCGUGUUACUGGCGAGAUCUCCUGAGGAUCCAGUUCUGGAUUGGUGCUGUUAUCUUCCUGGGAAUGCUCGAGAAAGCCGUUUUCUAUGCAGAGUUCCAGAACAUCCGCUACACGGGGGAAUCCGUUCAAGGAGCAGUAAUACUGGCAGAACUGCUUUCUGCUGUGAAGCGAUCGCUGGCUCGAACUCUGGUCAUCAUAGUCAGUCUGGGAUAUGGGAUAGUCAAGCCUCGCCUUGGAGUUACUCUUCACAAAGUAGUUAUGGCUGGAGCCCUUUACCUAUUAUUUUCUGGCAUGGAAGGUGUUCUUAGAGUCACAGGGUUUUUCUAUGACACUGUGGCUCUGAUAGCAAACUUGGCCCUGUCCAUGAUUGACGCCUGUAUUAUUUUGUGGAUAUUCAUCAGCUUAACUCAAACAAUGAAACUGCUGAAACUUCGAAGGAAUGUUGUGAAGCUCUCAUUGUAUCGACACUUCACCAACACACUCAUCUUGGCGGUAGCAGCCUCCAUUGUAUUUAUCAUCUGGACCACCAUGAAGUUCAGGCUGGUGGACUGUCAGUCGGACUGGCAGGAGCUAUGGGUGGAUGAUGCCAUCUGGCGUUUAUUGUUCUCCAUGAUUCUUUUUGUCAUCAUGAUUCUGUGGAGACCAUCUGCUAACAACCAAAGGUUUGCUUUCUCUCCACUCUCUGAAGAGGAUGAUGAUGAUGAGCAGAAAGAGCCAAUGUUAAAGGAAAGCUUUGAGGGAAUGAAAAUGAGGAGUACAAAGCAAGAACCAAAUGGGAAUGUAAAAGCAAACAAAGUUCAGGAGGAUGACCUGAAGUGGGUAGAGGAAAAUGUCCCUUCAUCAGUGACAGAUGUUGCUCUUCCAGCUCUUCUGGAUUCAGAUGAGGAAAGAAUGAUUACACACUUUGAAAGGUCCAAAAUGGAGUGAAGGAGUAGCUUUUUGCUAUUGGAAGUGGAGAUGCCUCUCAAAGUUGCUUGGUGGAGCAAGUGCAUCCUGCUGAUUUGUUUCUUGAUCUCAGCCUUGGAAGUUUGAUGCUUUAUUGUCAUGAGGGCGUCUUGCUGUGGAAGAAGUUCACAAGGACAUUAUAAACCUUUUGGAAAUUUGAAUAUAUGAAGUUGCUGCAAGUUUGGAUUUUUAAGCAAUUUAAAUGUGUACUAUUCCAGCACCUUCUGUAACUUUUCAAAUAUUUAAUCUGUGAAACUAAAAUUCCUAAUGUCUGCUU